UUGAUAGAUUACUGUAACUCUUCUUAUAGGAUCAUUCACGACAACGGUUUCUCAGCAGAUGAAGCGGAGCAGAAGAUCGCGGUUGUAAGCGCGAAUACCGUUCAAUCAAUCGGUGCGCUCAUCGAUGGAAUGAAGACUUUAAAUAUUCCGUUUGCUUCCAAGCAAAGCCUGGACUACGCGGCAUACGUCAAGAAGGUCCUGGACAAAAAAGAAGAGUUCCAGCCGAUGUCCGAGGAAAUGUAUAAGGCUAUCAAGACAUUGUGGAACGACAAGGGAGUAGAAGCCGCAUAUGAACGAAGGGACGAGUUCUAUCUUCACGAUUCUGCUAAAUAG